CCUUUUGUGUUGUUUUUGCCAACACAGCAGCUUUCCUGCUAUAUAUACCAGCUGUCCCUUUGUCCCCAUCAUACUAGAUGCUAAUCACCCGCUGUCAACAACCAUGGGGAAGAUCACCUUCUACGAGGACCGAGACUUUCAGGGCCGCUGCUACAACUGCAUCGGUGACUGCCCCAACCUGCGGGUCUACUUCGGCCGCUGCAACUCUAUCCGAGUGGACAGUGGCUGCUGGAUGAUCUAUGAGCGUCCCAAUUACCAGGGUCACCAGUACUUCCUGCGCCGAGGCGAGUACCCCGACUAUCAGCACUGGAUGGGCCUCAGUGACUCAGUCCGAUCCUGCCGUAUAAUUCCUGAUAUGUGUUUCUCCCUAGUGAUCAGUACUGUGAUUAGACUUCAUGGACCAAGACCCCCCGACUGGACUGGAUACUUCAGAGAACUUCACUCUGGCUUCCUCUAGCUGAACUCUUCCCAGUGGGGCAGGAGUCUGUGGGGCUUUGGGACACGUCCACACUUCUUCUAGACCACAUUCUUCAUACCUGGAUCUUCAAAAUUCCCUCCAUUUAGACCCAAGCUCACUCCUGAGACCUAAGAGGGAGUUUUCACCAGGCCUAGCCUCCUGGGGACACUGGUAGCCACAGGCAGCUGUUUGAGGAGGGGGGGCAUAUGGAUAGAACUUGGACAUGUGAGAGAGUGGGAAGAAAGGAGCGUACUUCAUAGAGUAGGGAGGAGCUCUAUUAUGCUCUAGGCAUAAUAUCUCUCAAAUAUUUUGGGGAGUCCUGAUGUUAAUUGGACUGGGUUGGCUACAUGAUGUAGCUUGUAUAAGAUUCCCGGUACAAUGUCUAGAAUUUACUAGACACUCAUGAUACAGUAGGCUAUUAUUAAGUAUUAUUAUUUUUAUCAUUGUGAGCCAAAUUCAUGCUCCAAAGUUUGCUGCAGGUUCAGUCCUACCCAUUUAAGCAAAAGCAGACAUGGCAUAGUUCAGCAGGGCCAUUUCAACGAUGCAAUGAUGUACUGAUGAACUCAGCGGGCUUCAUGUAGAAGACGCAUAGCUGGUUAUCAGAGAGCCAGGAAAAGAAGUCUGUAAUAAUCAGAUUAUAAGUUAUAAUAUUUGUGUUAGGGGAGGCGAGAGAGGGUAAUGAAUUUUCCACUGAGGCCUCUAAAAGACCUCAGUUAAUUUUAAUGGCUUUUAAAUGAAUGACUGUUUAUGGAAAAAGCCAGGGUUUUGUGAGAUCUAUUCAAAUAUUUUGAUAUACAAGCUUAUAUUAACCAUCUUAGAGGGCCUACAUGGGUAUAUUUUUCUGAUUUAAAUAAGGCCUGACUUUUUAAGAAAAAGUUUUGCACUUAUUUUUAAAGGAAAAAAGCUUAUGUAUAACUUGAGAGUUAAACUCAGUAUUCAAAUACUUGUGAUAAAAGGCUCAGGCACUGUCUUCAUUCCCCAUU